AUGGAAGAUGCGGUCGAAGAACCUGUAGUAGGGGCUAUGGAAGAUGGGGCCGAAAAACCUGUCAAGGGGGAUGCGGAAGAAUCAAAUGUUGAAGUAGAAGAAGGUAUUGCGGCACAGAUUGCAGAAGGGUCUGUUAUAGAAUCCGUGGAAGAGGCAUUUGAACAAAUUAUAGAAGAUGCUGCAGAGGUAAUAGCUGACGAAUCCAUAGAAGAAACCGCAGAGCAAAUUUUAGAACAAGCUACACAACCUGUAACGGAAGAAACCGCAGGAGAUGCAGAAACUGUGCAAGUGGUAACAGAAGAAUCUGUAGUGGCAAAUAUUGAAGAUAUUGUACAGGAAAUUUCAGCAGAACCUAUACAGGUAACUAUUGAACGUAUUGUAGAGGAGACUGUAAAAUCCGUCGAAGAAAACAUCGAAGAUGUGGAAGAGGCUAUUGAGGAUAUUGCCGAACAGGCUGCGGAAGGGGCUCCAGAAUUGUCUCUAGAAGGAAUGAUAAAAGAUGUUCUGGUAGGAACUGUCGAAGAGGUUCAACAAGAAGAAGCCACAAAAGAAGCAGCAGAAGAAACUAUUGAAGAAGCUGAACAAGAUAUUACCAAAGAAGCAGUAGAAGAAACUAUUGAAGAUGUUGUCGAUGAAGUUUCCGGAGAAACUAUAGAAGAGAUUGUGCUGGAAACUCCAGAAGAUACUUCCGAUGAGUCUGUAGAGACAGCUGUAGAACGCGCUAUAGAGGAUAACUUAGGAGCAACCAUAGAAACCAUUAUGGACGACGUUACCGAGGAAAAUACAGAAGAAUCUGAAGAAAGCGUAAUAGAUAAUUUAGAAGUAAAAGUAGAAGAGGUACUUGAUCUAGAUGUACAAGAAGUAGGCCAGGAAGCUGCAGACGGUGUAGUAAUGGUUGUAAGCGAAGAAGAGAAUGAAGUAGAAAGUGGAGGGGAAAGCGCAGAAGGAAGCCGAGAAGAAUGCGAAGAAGAAUGCGAAGAAGAAGGAGAACAAAUACAGUCCGCAUUGUUUGAAGUUGAAGAACACAUUAAAAAGAAAGUUUUGGAUAUGUUCUCUGGAAAUGUAGAAUUCGAUGAAGAAGAAUCCAAGAAGUUGGCGCUAGAUCUACAGAAGGAUCUGCUGUCUAUGUUUUCUGGAGGUGUAGGAGAUGACGAAGAGGAGGAUGAAGAAGAAGACGAAGAGGAGGAGGAAGAAGAAGACGAAGAGGACGAAGAAGAAGACGAAGAGGACGAAGAAGGGGAUUCGGAAAAAGACGAGUCAGAAGGGGAAGAUUCAUGUGAGGUUAAAUCAGAUAAGGAAGCCAGUCUGGACGCAAAUGAAAAUAGAUUAGUUAACUUAUCCGAGGGUGGGGAAAAGGAACCAGCGUUGCUAGGAGUUGAGGAUGACAUUAAGAAAACCUUGCUGGGCAUGUUCUCUUUGAAGGGAGAUUUCGAUGAAGCUGAAUCAGGAAAGCUGGCAUUAGAUCUAAAGAAAAAUAUACUCUCUAUGCUGUCUGGAAAUAUCGGGGACCACGAUGAUGAGGACUACGAAGACAUUGAGGAGGAAAAAAUAGAAAAACCAGAGGAAGUCGUUGUGGAGGAUUCUACGGAAGUUGGUGAUAAAAAGGCAAUAGACGAAGUAGCCGAUGCUCUACAAGAGCCUGAAGAGGAGGGCACGGAAGAAUCUGGAAAGGAGGUUAGCGAGUUAUCCGAAGAGGAGGAGAAGGAAGAAGUAGAAGAGGCAUCCGUCGAUAUAGAGGACAUGCCCGUCGUUGUGGAGGAAGCUGCCGUUGUUGUGGAAGAACCUGUCAUUACUGUAGAAGAGCAUGUAGACCAGGAUAAAGAGGAGUCAACAGAACAGGACGGCCAGGAAUCCAAAGAGGAGAAAACUGAACAAUCAUUAGGGGAGCAGUCAAAAGAAGAAUUCGCAGAGGAGGAAAAGGAAAGAGCAGAAACAGCUGUGGGCUCUGUGGAUGAUAUCUUGAAGGAGGAAAUGAAAAAAAUAGAAGAGUCUGUGAAGGGGGCCCUUGGA